UCGAAGAGUGCUUUUUCCGUGAUUUCAAAUUCGGACAGGAAGCAUCUGUUCAGCAAUAUUUUCGCAGUGCGGGAUUGCAGUGAACGGUUACUUUGUGAUUUGGAGACUAGGUUAGAGCACAAUCUUGUAUUGGACGACUUGUGUAGCAUUCUUGUACACCACUUCGAGACGAAUUUCGACGUCUACAUCAAGUAUUGCUCUAAUCAGGUUUACCAAGAGAGGACACUGCGCCGUUUGAAGGCUGAAAAUCCAGCCUUUCUGAAUGCCGUAUCCAGAAUGGAGGCCGACAAACAGUGCCAAGGACUCGACAUGAGAUCAUUCCUUAUGCUCCCGAUGCAACGCGUCACAAGGUAUCCGCUUCUCGUGUACGCAAUAUUGGAUCGGCUUCAGAGGGGAUGCGACGAAUAUGAGGUGGUGGGUGAAUGCAAUGAGGGCGCUCGCAGAAUGGAACGAACAGAACAGUUGCUUGAAGUGGAUAGUCGGCUAAUCUACAAGGAUCCAGACCUUAAAAAGAUCGCCCUUGUCUUCGAAUUGUCGAUAUCUUGUCAAGAGAGGUUCAUUGGUGCAACUGUUGGAAAGGAAAAACAGGAACAUUCUGCAGGGGAAGCAGAAGACUCGAAACGUGUACAUAUUCUUAUUCUCCGAUAUUAUCCUGAUCACGAAAAAGAAACUGUAGCCUUAACAGCGUUUCCAACGCGUCCUCAUUUGUUCCUUUGUGUGUUCAUGAGAAACGCUCGAGGGAGGCAAACUGAAUUAUUGCUGAACGCCGAAUCGGAAACGGAUCGAGAACGAUGGCUGAGCGCAUUGAGACCCCCAAUAGUGAGU